GUGUUGGCCUGCAUGUCCGAGUAGUAGGAAGCAUUGGUGCGCUCGGCUCAUGGGACACGCACAAAGGUCUCGUGCUGCACACCUCAGCGAGCGACUUCCCCGUGUGGAAGCAGACGGACAUCCUCCCCUUAGAGGAGGGAGCCGUCGUCGAGUACAAGUAUGUCAUCUGCGACAACAAUGGUCGCGGUGUUCGAUGGGAGGAGCGCGUGAAUCGAGCUGUCCACAUUGCUGACCUUGUUAAGCGAGACGUCGUGCCGCCAAACGGUGGCGUCUUCAUCAUAGAGAACUUCGUCGCCUAUGACCCUGACGAGUUGCGCUUCAGGUCGGCUCGUGGUGCCUUUGGCGAUCGCCGGUCCUCCUCCGCUCGCCUUCAAUCCAAGCUUUCCGGGGAAGGCAGCCAGAUUUUCCCGGAAGGAUCGACCGGAGGCAUUCAGACCACUGCCUCUUUAUCAGACCUGCUCGCACCCACCAUCCGUGAACGGAAGCCAUCGAAGCUAGCGCUCGACUGCUUGGGCGGCUAUCGCCGCGAUUCUGCCUCGCACCUGGGCGAGCUGGCGGAUGGAGGCUAUGCUGGUGCUCCCGAAUGUGUGUCUGAGCCGUGGGUGCCUUCGCCACAGGCCUCCAGUACAGGCGCAGGUGGCGACAACAUCAUGGUCCGAGAGGAAAGCUGCUCCAACCUCUUCAGCGACUUAGUAGACACAGAGGAAAACAUUCCAGACAAGUCUGACUUUGAGAACAAGUACGCGCUGGUAGGGAACGGGCCACUGGGCGAGGGCACCUUCGGACUGGUCUGGAGGUGCACGCUGAAGUCUGGUUCGGGUCCUCACAAGGAGAUGGCAGCCAAAAUAGUACGCAAGGGACGCUUGCAGCCCAGGGACAUGAAGUAUUUGCUGGGAGACGAUGGUGAGGUGAAGCUUCACUUGACUAUGAAGCACCCGCACAUCUGCGAGCUCCUCGAAUAUUUUGAUGAAUCCAGCACCGUGACUCUGAUACUCGAGUACUGCCGUGGCGGAGAUCUUUUCGAUGCUAUCGUGGCCCAGUCAAAGACAACUGGGCGCGGCUUCACUGAGAAGCAGGCGGUGCACGCGACUUGCCAUGUGCUGUCUGCUCUUCAAUAUCUGCACGCACAGAAGGUGGUGCACCGAGAUAUUAAGUGCGAGAACAUCCUGCUGAAGCACAUGGACUUGCCCGUGGAAGAGAAUAUCUUCAAGCUCUGCGACUUCGGGUUUGCGGCCCAUGACAAAGGCGAUGGGCUCAACGACCGGCUUGGAUCACCCGACACUGUUGCACCAGAAAUCGUGGUCGGCACCAAGUACAGCAUGCCCGUCGACAUGUGGUCCGCAGGCGUGCUGAUCUACAUGAUGCUGUCAGCAGCUCCACCCUUUUAUGCCACUACAGAUUCUGAGGUGUUGCGCAAAGUGCGCACCGGCAGUUACAACCUCUCGGGUGAGCCGUGGGACAGUCUUCCUGCUCCUCCCAAGAACUUGAUCGCGUCACUCAUGACGGUUGACCCGAAGUUGAGACCUACAGCCGACCAGGCUUUGAACUGCGAGUGGCUAAGAUGA